GUCGUUGCACGGCUUUUCCAGUGGCAAGCAGCAAACAGUAACAGCAACAAUCCCAGUCCCCAAUCAAACGCGAAAAGUGAAACAUCAGAUUUAUCGAGCGUGUAAUUUGCUAAACGUUUUUAGCCAAGAUUUAUGACAACGCUGACAGCUUAAAUGCUCUCCAAGUGCAAAGUGCGGCAGAUGCGGUGUCAAGUGUUUCUAGUGUUCUGGCUGCUGCUCGUCGGCGCAUGCCGUGCUCAGCUGCCCAAUCCAGUUCCAGUGUCGCCCUUUCAGCAGUCACCGUUUCAGCAGCGCCAGCCACUAGCACAGCAGUCGCCAUUUCAGCGCCAGCGUCAACAGCUGCCCCAACAGGGACUCUUUGGCGCACAGGCUAAUCCGUUGAAUCCGCUAGUGCCACCGAUAACACCGCUAGCCACCGCUGUGCAGACUCCCUAUCGCUACAAUCAGUACCAGCAGCAGCAGAACUAUGUGCCCAUAACAGCCUAUCAGAACGAACUCAAUCUGGACGGCAGUUUCUCUUACGGCUAUGCAGCGGCAGAUGGCACCACCGCCCAGGCGCAGGGAUACGUAAAGAAUUUGGGCUAUGGUGAGGGUGUUGAAGCGCAGGUAAUUCAAGGCUCCUAUUCGUACACCUCGCCAGAGGGCACGCCCAUAACAGUGCGUUACAUUGCCGACGAGAAUGGCUUUCGCGCUGAGGGCACUGGCAUACCAACAACACCACCGCAGCAAUACUUUGCCGGCGCUCAGCCGUAUCAGCCUGGUGUGAUCAAUCCCAAUCUGAACCCGUAUCAAACGCCUUUCAGACAACUGCCAACAGCUACAGGCGCAUUUCGACCUGCACCAGGACAACAGCUAACACCGUUGCAGCAGCAGCAGCAACAACAACAGCAACAGUUGCAGCAGCAGCAACGAAACUUUCCCAACAGCGGACAAUAUCAGCCAGAGCAACCUUUUAAUUCCCUGCACUCGGGCAACUUGCCUGCGCAAUAUGCUGGACAAUUUGGCAAUACGUUGACUGCACAACAGCAACAGAAUCUAACACAGCAGCAGCAACAACAACAACAGCAACAACAGCAGCAGCAGCAACAGCAGCAGCAGCAACAAAAGGAUCAACGCAAUGAGCAGCAGCAACAGGCGUUGCUCACACAACAGCUGCGAGGACGACCCAAUCAGCUGGUGGAUGGUUAUGGCUACAAUCAGUAUAAUAGACGCUUCAAGAAAUCAUCCAAGUUUUAAAUGUUCAAUUUAUACAUUAACCAUUAGUCGCUUUAGUUCAUAUUCAAAUGCAUGAAAUACAUGCGCAAUGAAAAU